UCUCUGUAUUCCUCAGAAUGUCUAACAUAAUGCUAAGCACAGAAUAGGAUUAGAGUAAAUGAGUGUGCCUUUUACAAACCGUUCAAGAGCCCUAAAGUCCAGCUUCUUAAAUUGUGGUUUGAUACCUGAAUGUGGGCAUCAUGAAAUUCCGAUAUAUUAUCAGCAACUGUUUCUUUUUUUUAAAAUACAUAUUUUCUAUACCUAGAUACAUGAGGUCAUGUGAACAGGAGUCACGAGGGAAACUUUCAAAAGUCCUGCUCUAAGAUUUCAGCUGGUCAAGUUUAUUUAAAUUUACAUGGAGAAAACAGGGAGAGGAGGGGCCGGAAACAAGAGGGGCCGGUACCGGAAGUGGGUGAGGCAAGCCAGGCUUGAGAAAAAGGCGGGCAAACACGAGCCGCUCCUGACUGCCCCUCAGGAUGUCUGAGUUCGAUGAGUUCGAGCAGCAGCUCAAAGAGAAUAAGCAGGAACGAGAAAAAGAGAACCAUCAUCAUAAACGCAGCCCCAGUCCAAGCCACAGCCAAGAGUGGAAACCUCGAGGUCGCAGCCGAGAAAAAAAGCAUCGGAGUCACAGCCACAACCGAGCGCGGCAAAGUGGUUCUGGGGAGAGGAGACGGCACCGCAAACAUUCGACCAAAGGUGCUAAAGAUGAACAUGGCAAAAAAAUUCGGUCCUCUCACCAUGAGAAGAGAAAGAAGACCCGCAAAUACUGGGAUGUCGCGCCACCAGGCUUUGAGCACAUCACCCCCAUGCAAUACAAAGCAAUGCAAGCCGCUGGUCACAUUCCGUCCACUUUAGCCCAUUCAACCAUGACCCCUGAUGGCCGGGCCAUGAUGUCCGCUGCGCCCACGUCGGGGAACCAGAUGAGCCGGCAGGCCCGCCGCCUCUACGUCGGCAACAUUCCUUUCGGUAUCACAGAGGAAGCUAUGAUAGAGUUCUUCAAUGCCCAGAUGUGCAUCAGAGGACUUGCCCAGCCCUCCAGUAGGCCGGUCAUGGCUGCCCAGAUUAACCAGGAAAAGAGCUUUGCCUUCCUAGAGUUCCGAGCAGUGGAUGAGACAACCCAGGCCUUGGCCUUUGAUGGCAUCAUCUUCCAGGGUCAAGCCCUCAAGAUUCGAAGGCUCCACGACUACCAGCCUCCGGGAUACAGAAAUCUCUCCGGUUCUGGAGCCGUGUCCUCUGUGGUCCCCAAUUCUGCUCACAAGCUGUUCAUUGGGGGAAUCCCCAGUUAUCUGAAUGAUGAUCAGGUGAAAGAGCUUCUGAACUCAUUUGGGGCCCUCAGAGCCUUUAACCUAGUCAAGGAUGGUGCCACAGGUCUCUCCAGGGGCUACGCCUUCUGUGAGUACACAGACAUCAGGGUCACUGACCAGGCCAUCUCCGGGCUGAAUGGGAUGGAACUAGGGGAUAAAAAGCUCCUGGUACAGAGGGCUAGUGUGGGAGCCAAGAACUCCAUGUUGAGUACCUUAAACCAGACACCGGUGACCCUGCAAGUCCCGGGCCUGGUGAGCUCGCAGGUGCAGAAGGGUAGCCUGCCUACAGAGGUCCUGUGCCUCAUGAACAUGCUGCUUCCUGAGGAGCUUCGGGAUGAUGACGAGUAUGAGGACAUCUUGGAGGAUGUCCGGGAUGAAUGCAGCAAGUACGGGGUGGUCAAGUCCAUCGAGAUCCCCCGGCCCACAGAUGGUGUGGAGGUCCCUGGCUGUGGCAAGAUCUUCGUGGAGUUCGUGUCGACUUUUGACUGUCAGAAGGCAAUGCAGGGCUUGACUGGUCGGAAGUUCUCCAACAGAGUGGUCGUCACCAAGUACUGCGAUCCAGACUCCUUCCGCCGCCGAGACUUCUAG